CCACUGCAACAUGAGACCARUCAGUACCAAARCAAAUAACRGCAAAAAUGUUCCAUCAAGCUCUUCUUUUCGCCAGCCUUUGCGCUGCCGUGUUGUGCGUUUUAGUGCAGGAUCAAGCGCCCGUAGCCCCUUCUGUYCUGGAUAUCAGUCCUGAYGGYUCCUUCCAGUGGAGCUACCAGUCGGAAGACGGUUCCAGCCAGCAACAGUCUGGACAGGAAAUUGUCCCGAGCGGCGGACAGGCGAUCCAGGGCGAGGCUCGCUGGUACGACCCUGAAGGUGGCGCUCACGAGAUCAAGUACGUGGCUGACGAUCGGGGAUAUUUGCCUACCAGUGCUGACUUGCCCAUUGGACCUCCCAUUCCUGCGGCCAUCCUGAGGUCCAUCGAGUGGAAUUUGGCCCAUCCCGAGGAAGAGACCAAGUCCUAAACUCCCUGAGGGGAGCGCAUUGUUUUUAAGGCAAUAAAGCUAUUUUUAUAUAUAAAAACUC